CAAGCGCAAAGAUGAGUCAAAUGUGGAGCUGCCUUUCGUUUUUAUAAUAGAUCAUUCCCCUCCCUCUUCUCUAUUUAGCCGGUGUGGGAAAGUUAACCGAAUAUUAGAUUAAAAAAAGACCUCCAUUCCAUAUGCCUAUACGAAUCUGCGGCAUCAACCGUCAACGUUUGGCUCAAAUCGAAGGUCUGUUUUUCCACUGUCUCGUUAAAUUUAUGUAACUAAGGUUUAUGUUAUCGUUAUUCGUUUAGAUUCACUGAAUUUCAAUCGAACCAAUCUUUAGUAUACUCAUGAGAAACUCUGUGGAGCAUUUGUUUGCUGUUAAAAUGCUUGGUGGCUGUGAUUUUCCUGCCCAAUUCUCGGUGAUCGUUAUUUCGUACUCAUGGAAGCAUAAUUGAAGUCGAAUUUAGGGUUCUGAAUGCAGAAACUAAAUAUAACUUUCCCAGAAUCCCAGCUCGGUUCUUAGAUCUGCAUUAGUGAAGUGUGUUGUAGAGAAGAGUUGCUAGGCUGAUCGUAUUAUGGAAGGAGUUAAGGGAGACGAUGAUGAUGGCGGCACACUGGCCCCACUGGUGAAGUGGAGAAGCGAGUUCUCUAGAAUGUUCAGGCACUACCUGGAUAGGUCUGUUCCUUACACAUAUAGGAGAUGGCUUGGAACAGUAGCGGCUGCGUCAGUAUAUGUAUUACGGGUUUACUAUGUUCGUGGUUUCCAUAUCAUAUCCUAUGGUGUUGGAACCUAUCUUUUGAAUCUGCUGAUUGGAUUCCUAUCCCCCAAAUAUGAUCCUGAACUUGAAGCUCUUGAUGGGCAUGCUAGAGAUUCCGAUGAAUAUAUACCAUUUGUUCGCCGUCUCCCUGAAUUCCUGUUGUGGUAUGCAGCUACAAAGGCUUUUGUUGUAGCUUUUUUUAUGACAUUCUGUUCGCUUUUCGAUGUCCCGGUCUUCUGGCCAAUAUUGCUUUGUUAUUGGAUUGUGCUUUUUGUUCUUACCAUGAAGCGUCAGAUAACACACAUGAUUAAGUACAAGUAUGUGCCUUUUGACCAUGGAAAACUGAAAUACAGUCGGAAGAGGUCGGCUGCAAGUAAUGGGGGCUCAUCAAGUGGUUAAAGUUGCGUGGGUUCGCGAUAGCAUGCUGUGGCUGAGGUUUGGAGAAUCACAUCUUUUUGUUUCUGAAGCAUUUUUGUGUAAUUGUGUUUCUCAGUCUGCUGAAGAAAAACUAUAGUUUGCUUUGACAUAAAAUCAGGGCUGAUGUACAGAAAGAUUACAUGGUAGCAUUUGGAAUAGGCUAAUGUUCUUUCAUGCCUCCCCAUGGCAAGAACUCCUCUGGGCGCAGAGUAUAUGUAGUCAAUCUGUAUCCUUAUUUUUUAAAGUAGUCCAUCUGUAUCCUAAUAACUCGUUUAUUUAACAAUUGCUGUUGUGCAGUUUUUGUUUUAAAUACUCCAACUAAUUUGCAAGUAGUGAAUGAAACUAAUCUGCAACUAUUUUCAUGUUCUUUCAUGCC